AUGCCUUAUACUCGGAAUGCCGGAUUUGUUAGCCGCGGGCAUACUUUCCAUCAACACAUCGGAUCCACGUGGAAGACCCCCGACGUACCGAUAUUCUGGAUUCAUGCUAACACGGUCGAUCGAUUCAAAAAAGGCUACACCGAUAUUUUAGAUGAAUGCAAUAUACAGGACCUGAGCGAUAAGGAUCACAACAAUAUGUCGCUUGUCAAAAGGUGGCUGGAGAACCACCACAAUCAGAAGGCUUCAAAGCCAGCUGUUCCGCUCGUGGAAGAGUCGCGUAUCCUAAAAUACCUUCCGGAGAGCCCGAAUGGUUCAAUUCUGAUUACCACUCGUAACCGAGCUGCCGGUGUCAGAUUUACCAGGAGCGUUGCUCAGAACAUAGUUGAAUCUGUUUUGGGCGGAGAUUGCUAUACCAGAUCAAAUAUGAAUGAUCUUGCUAGGCUGCUUGAUUACCUACCAUUGGCGAUCGUGCAAGCUGCUUCUUUCAUGCAGGAGAAUGUACUUACCGUGACAAUGAACUUAUUGUGCGAGCCCUUCGAGACCCUAGGAAGAGACAGCGAAACCCCCAAUGCCCUUGCUACUACUCUAAUUAUUACUUUAGGUCAUAUCAAAAGCCAUGAGCCAAAAGUCAUUGAUGCUCUCUGUCUUAGUCUGUUGAAACAGAGAUUCGACAAAGUGCUUGCGUUCUCUCUUAUUACGGCAAACGGGGAUGGGCAAAAGUUCUCAAUUCACCGUCUAGUACAACUAACUGUGCGCAAGUGGUUGCUCAUGGAGCGUAACUUCCACGAUAAAGCCGUCGAAGCUAUGGAUAUUCUUGCUGAACAUUUUCCAAAUGCGGAAUACGAAAACUGGGCUAUUUUUCUUAGCUUCAUGCCAGAGCUACAUGGGAAGCUAUUGAGAAGGAGGUUGUACCUUCAAGAAGGAAUAGCGUAUUAUCUAUGGUCGCAGAACCGUACGAAUGAGGCAGAGAAGCUGGACCUCCUUAUCGUGGAGGAGAAUAAGAAGGAAUUUGGCAUGGAUCACCCGGAAACUUUGGAAAGGCAGGACCGACUAACAGAGGCCGAGGAGCUGGACUUUUUCGUCAUGAUGACAAGGAAACGGCUGCUAGGGAGUAGCAUCUACAGAAAGCAGUGUCGAUAUAAAGAGGCAGAAGCCCUGGUAUCAGAAGCUUUGGAGCAGUCAAAGUCCGUCUACGACGAAGAGCAUGAAAUUUCUAUAGAUGCCAUCGGACACCUCGGGGCAAUUUACUCUCACCUAGGUCGGUGGAAAGAGGCCGAAGAGUUUACUCUCAAGGAUUGGAAUUGGCACAAACAGAACUAUGGUCCUGAUCAUCUGUGGAGUUUGAACCUUGCCAAUAGACUUGCAACGAUCUACCACAACCAGAACAAGCUGCAAGGCGGGAAAGAAUUGGCCAUCCAAACGGUGUGUGAAGAACAACUGGGCCCAGAGAAUCAAACCACUCGAGAUUGCAAACAAGGUUUGAUCGAUAUUUAUAUUGGUCUCGAGGAUUGGAAAGGUGCGGAGGGGUUGAGCUUAGAGGUCUUGGAAGAGGACUUGAAAAUGCACGGUCCUACACACUGUGAGACAUUCGACGCAAAACAGCAGCUCUCCUGUAUAUCAUACUGGGUAAUGGGCGAUAUCGAUAAGGCUGCAGAACUAAACAACACAACCAUCGCCGACUGCCUUCACACGUUCGGCCCAGAACAUGCCUACACCUUGAAGUUCACUGCUCUAUUUUAGAGACACCAGGGAAGGCAUGCGCAGGCAAUAAAGAUGAUUGCACAAGCCGUGAACAGGCACGAAAUGUGGCUGGGCCCUUUUCACGACGAGAUCUUGGGGUUGUUCCAUACAUUACGAGUCUGGAGCGAACCCGAGCGAGAGGCCGUCGACAUACUCAUGGAAGCUGAGCGCCUCAGUAGCUAGUGGUUAUGUUUCACAACUCCUCGAUGCAGUGCUUUUAGCCAAGUGGUUAGGGGUGAAAUGCCGGAGGCAACUG